GGUGGGAAGCUUGUCGGUCCUGGGCCCCCGGAGGAGGUGAGACCCAGCAGCCCCCGCCGCACCAUCUGAGCGCCUCGCCUGGGUGCUGCCUAGUGCCCCCGGGAGAGACAGGUUCUCCCGCCUCUGCCCCCACCAUGGAUCACUCCUCGUUCAGCGGCGCACCCCGCUUCCUAACCCGGCCCAAGGCCUUCGUGGUAUCGGUGGGCAAAGAUGCCACGCUGAGCUGCCAGAUCGUGGGCAACCCCACGCCGCAAGUGAGCUGGGAGAAAGACCGGCAGCUGGUGGAGGCGGGUGGUCGCUUCCGCUUGGCCCAGGACGGCGACUUGUACCGCCUGACCAUCCUGGACCUGGCGCUGGGCGACAGUGGGCAGUACGUGUGCCGUGCGCGCAACGCCAUCGGCGAGGCCUUCGCGGCGGUCGGCCUGCAGGUGGACGCCGACGCUGCGUGCGCCGAGCAGGCGCCUCACUUCCUGCUGCGGCCCACCUCCAUCCGCGUGCGCGAGGGCGCGGAGGCCACCUUCCGCUGCCGCGUGCGCGGCUCGCCGCCCAUGUCGGUGAGCUGGGCCAAGGACGGGCGGCGCCUGGGUGUGCUGGACGCCCCCCGAGUGCGAGUGGAGGAGAGCGGCGAGGCGAGCGCUCUGCGCAUCCGCGCCGCACAGCCGAGAGACAGCGGCACCUACACGGUGCACGCGGAGAACCCGCUGGGCGCCGCCAGCGCCGCCGCCGGGCUGACGGUGGACGCGGAGGCGGAGGCAGCCAGCUCGCCGGGGGCCUCCACCGCCAUGCUCCUGGCGCACCUGCAGCGUUACGAGGACGAGCAGGAGAACUUCGUGCUGAAGAUCCUCUUCUGCAAGCAGUCAGACUGUGGCCUCUACACCUGCACGGCGUCCAACCUCGUGGGCCAGACCUACAGCUCGGUGCUCGUCGUCGUGAGAGAGCCCACGCUGCCCUUCAGAAAGCGCCUGCAGGACCUGGAGGUACCGGAGAAGGCAUCAGCCAUGUUCCAGUGUGAGGUGCCGACGCCGGACGUGGAGUCUGCCUGGUAUAAGGAGGAGACGCGGCUGUGGGCCAGCGCCAAGUACCUCAUCGAGGAGGCGGGCGCGGAGCGCCGGCUGACGGUGCUGAACGUGUCCUCUGACGACGACGCCGUGUACAUCUGCGAGACGGCAGAGGGCAGCCGCACGGUGGCCGAGCUGGCCGUGCAAGGCAACCUCCUUCGGAAGCUCCCGAGGAAGACAGCUGUGCGAGCGGGGGACACGGCCAUGUUCUGUGUGGAGCUGGCCAAGCCGGAGGGCCCCGUUCAGUGGCUAUGGAACCAGAAGGCGGUGGUGGCUGGGGGCCGGGUGGCCGUCACUGCUGAGGGCACGUGCCACACGCUGAUCAUCUCCCGGUGCAGCCUGGAGGAUGUGGGUGAGGUGGCCUUUGUGGCUGGGGACUGCCGGACAUCCACCCAGUUUUGCGUGUCAGCCCCCAGGAGGCCGCCCCUGCAUGCUCCUGAAGCCCCCGUGGUGAAGGCCCGGACAGAGAACUCCGUGACUCUUGCCUGGUCCCCACCACCCCCCGGGGACCGCCCUGCUGCCAUCGACGGCUACCUGGUGGAGAAGAAGAGACUGGGUGCCUACACCUGGAGCCGGUGCCAUGAAGAUGAGUGGGUGACCACGCCUGAGCUGACUGUGACUGGCGUGGCUGAGGAGGGGGAAUUCCAGUUCAGGGUGUCAGCUGUGAACAGCUUUGGCCAGAGCCCCUACCUCGAGUUCCCAGGAACUGUACACCUGGCUCCCCAGCUGGCUGUGAAAACGCCUCUGAAGGCAGUGCAGGCAGUGGAAGGCGGCGAGGUGACCUUCUCCGUGGACCUCACCACGGCCUCAUCAGGGGAGUGGUUCCUGGACGGGCGGGUCCUCAAGGCCAGCAGUGUGUAUGUGAUACACCGGGAUGGCACCCGCCACACUCUCACCAUCCGCUCGGUGCCUGUCAGCCUGCACGGGGCGGAGCUCAAGUUCGUAGCUGAUGGCAUCGAGAGCAGCAUCCGCAUGGAGGUCCGAGCGGCCCUGGAGCUGACGGCCAAGCGUCCGGCACCCGCGGCAGCGGCUCGGGAGGUGCUGGCCCGGCUGCACGAGGAGGCCCAGCUCCUGGCCGAGCUUUCGGACCAGGCGGCAGCCGUGACAUGGCUCAAGGACGGACACACGCUGUCUCCCGGCCCCAAGUAUGAGGUGCAGGCCUCAGCCGGGCAGCGGGCACUGCUUGUGCGGGACGUGAAUCGAGAAGACGCGGGCCUGUACGAGUGCGUCAGCCGCGGGGGCCGCAUUGCCUACCAGCUGUUGGUGCAAGAGUCCUCUGCAAUGUUUAUCAAGGGGCAGCCAGCACGCAAGGACGUAAAGGCCGUGGCGGGAACCAGCGCCACGCUGAGCUGCAAGGUGGCCCAGGCCCAGACGGAGGUGACGUGGUACAAGGAUGGGAAGAAGCUGAGUUCGAGCUCGAAAGCGCGUGUGGAGGCCAAGGGCUGCACCCGGCAGCUGGUGGUGCAGCAGGCGGGCAAGGAGGAUGCCGGAGAGUACAGCUGCGAGGCCGGAGGCCAGAAGGUCUCCUUCCACCUGGACGUCACAGAGCCCUCGGUGGUGUUUGCCAAGGAGCAGCCGGCACGCAGUGACGUGCAGGCCGUGGCGGGAACCAGCGCCACGCUGAGCUGCGAGGUGGCCCAGGCCCAGACGGAGGUGACGUGGUACAAGGACGGCAAGAAGCUGAGUUCGAGCUCGAAAGUGCGUGUGGAGGCCACGGGCCGUGGGCGGCGGCUGGUGGUGCAGCAGGCGGGCAAGGCGGACGCCGGGGAGUACAGCUGCGAGGCCGGGGGCCAGAAGGUCUCCUUCCACCUGGACGUCACAGACCAGUCUUUAUGGUACAAGGACGGCAAGAAGCUGAGUUCGAGCUCGAAAGUGCGUGUGGAGGCCACGGGCCGUGGGCGGCGGCUGGUGGUGCAGCAGGCGGGCCAGGCGGACGCCGGAGAGUACAGCUGCGAGGCCGGGGGCCAGAAGGUCUCCUUCCACCUGGACGUCUCAGAGCCCUCGGUGGUGUUUGCCAAGGAGCAGCCGGCACGCAGUGACGUGCAGGCCGUGGCGGGAACCAGCGCCACGCUGAGCUGCGAGGUGGCCCAGGCCCAGACGGAGGUGACGUGGUACAAGGACAGCAAGAAGCUGAGUUCGAGCUCGAAAGUGCGUGUGGAGGCCACGGGCCGUGGGCGGCGGCUGGUGGUGCAGCAGGCGGGCAAGGCGGACGCCGGGGUGUACAGCUGCGAGGCCGGGGGCCAGAAGGUCUCCUUCCACCUGGACGUCACAGAGCCCUCGGCGGUGUUUGCCAAGGAGCAGCCGGCACGCAGUGACGUGCAGGCCGUGGCGGGAACCAGCGCCACGCUGAGCUGCGAGGUGGCCCAGGCCCAGACGGAGGUGACGUGGUACAAGGACGGCAAGAAGCUGAGUUCGAGCUUGAAAGUGCGUGUGGAGGCCACGGGCCGUGGGCGGCGGCUGGUGCUGCAGCAGGCGGGCCAGGCGGACGCCGGGGAAUACAGCUGCGAGGCCGGGGGCCAGAAGGUCUCCUUCCACCUGGACGUCACAGAGCCCUCGCUGGUGUUUGCCAAGGAGCAGCUGGCACGCAGUGACGUGCAGGCCGUGGCGGGAACCAGCGCCACGCUGAGCUGCGAGGUGGCCCAGGCCCAGACGGAGGUGACGUGGUACAAGGACGGCAAGAAGCUGAGUUCGAGCUCGAAAGUGCGUGUGGAGGCCACGGGCCGUGGGCGGCGGCUGGUGGUGCAGCAGGCGGGCCAGGCGGACGCCGGGGUGUACAGCUGCGAGGCCGGGGGCCAGAAGGUCUCCUUCCACCUGGACGUCACAGAGCCCUCAGUGGUGUUUGCCAAGGAGCAGCCGGCACGCAGUGAUGUGCAGGCCGUGGCGGGAACCAGCGCCACGCUGAGCUGCGAGGUGGCCCAGGCCCAGACGGAGGUGACGUGGUACAAGGACGGCAAGAAGCUGAGUUCGAGCUCGAAAGUGCGUGUGGAGGCCACGGGCCGUGGGCGGCGGCUGGUGGUGCAGCAGGCGGGCAAGGCGGACGCCGGGGAGUACCGCUGCGAGGCCGGGGGCCAGAAGGUCUCCUUCCACCUGGACGUCACAGAGCCCAUGGUGGCGUUUGCGAAGGAGCAGGCAGUGCGCAGUGACGUGCAGGCCGUGGCCGGAGCCAACACCACGCUGAGCUGCGAGGUGGCCCAGGCCCAGACGGAGGUGACGUGGUACAAGGAUGGCAAGAAGCUGAGUUCGAGCUCGAAAGUGCGUGUGGAGGCCACGGGCUGCACCCGGCGGCUGGUGGUGCAGCAGGCGGGCAAGGUGGACGCCGGAGAGUACAGCUGCGAGGCCGGGGGCCAGAAGGUCUCCUUCCACCUGGACGUCACAGAGCCCAUGGUGGUGUUUGCCAAGGAGCAGGCAGUGCACACGGAGGUGCAGGCCAAGGCAGGAACCAGCGCCACGCUGAGCUGCGAGGUGGCCCAGGCCCAGACGGAGGUGACGUGGUUCAAGGACGGCAAGAAGCUGAGUUCAAGCUCGAAAGUGCGUGUGGAGGCCACGGGCUGCACCCGGCGGCUGGUGCUGCAGCAGGCGGGCAAGGCGGACGCCGGGGAGUACAUCUGCGAGGCCGGGGGCCAGAAGGUCUCCUUCCACCUGGACGUCACAGAGCCGGAGUUUGAGCCCCCGGCCCCAGAGAAACCCAGACGCAGGGAACUGCUGGUGGUCAGGGAGCACGAGGACAUCGUCCUGACAGCCACUCUGGCCACGCCCUCUGUGGCCACGGUGACCUGGUUCAAAGAUGGUGUGGAGAUUCGCCGCAGCAAGCGGCAUGAGAUGGCCAGUCUGGGAGACACCCACACCCUGACCAUACGUGGGGCGCAGACCCUGGACAGUGCCGUCUACAGCUGCCGCGUGGGCGCAGAGGGGCAGGACUUCCCGGUGCAGGUGGAAGAGGUGGCUGCCAAGUUUUGCCGCCCCCUGGAGCCCGUGAGCGGGGAUCUGGGCGGCACGGCGACGCUGGUCUGUGAGCUGAGCCCCGAGCAGGCUGAGGUGGUGUGGCGCCGCGGAAGCACGCAGCUCCGGGCCGGCAAACGCUUCCAGAUGGCGGCUGCGGGGCCGCGGCGCUCGCUCACGGUGUCGGGCCUGCGGGCAGAGGAUGCAGGGGAGUACGUAUGUGAGAGCCGCGACGACCACACCAGCGCCACGCUCACCGUUAUUGAACCCCGCGUGGUCAAGUUCACGUCUGGGCUGAGCGCUGUGGUUGCGGAGGAGGGGGGCGAGGCCACUUUCCAGUGCGUGGUGACCCCCAGCGACGUGGCGGUCACAUGGUUCCGAGAUGGUGUCCAACUACAGUCCGGCGAGAAGUUUCUCAUAUCGCAGAAGGGUGCCAGCCACAGCCUGACCAUCUUAAGCCUGGCCCUGGAGGAUGCCGGCCAGGUCACUGCGGAGGCUGAGGGCAUCAAAUCCACGGCUGCCCUCCGGGUCCGAGAGGCUCCGGUGUUGUUCAAAAAGAAGCUGGAGCCACAGACGGUGGAGGAGCAGAGCUCAGUGACCAUGGAGGUGGAGCUGACGCGGCCGUGGCCGGAGGUCAAGUGGACACGCAACGCUGUAGCACUCGCGUCGGGCGAGAAAGUGGAGAUCCACGCCGAGGGCGCAAGUCACCGUCUGGUUCUCCACGGCGUGGGUUUCGCUGACCGUGGCUUCUACGGCUGCGAGACACCAGACGAUAAGACACAGGCCAAGCUGACUGUGGAAAUGCGCCAGGUCCGGCUCGUGCGGGGCCUGCAGGCCAUGGAGGCGCAGGAGCAGGGCACAGCCACCAUGGAAGUAGAGCUGUCCCACGCGGACGUGGAGGGCAGCUGGACUCGAGACGGUCUUCGGCUGCAGCCGGGACCCAACUGCCAGCUGGCGGUGCACGGCCCCACACACACCCUCACGCUGUCACGGCUGCAGCGGCAGGACGGUGGCCUGGUGGCCUUCAGGGCGGAGGGCGUGCACACCUCUGCUCAUCUGGCAGUCACUGAGCUGCCCGUGAAGUUCGUCCGCCCUCUGCAGGACGUGGUGGCCACAGAGAAGGAGAAGGUGGCCCUGGACUGUGAGCUCUCACGCCCCAACGUGGAUGUGCGCUGGUUGAAGGACAGUGUGGAGCUGCGGGCAAGCAAGACCAUGGGCAUGGUGGCCCAGGGGGCCUGCAGGAGUCUCGUCAUUUACCGAUGUGAGCUUGGAGACCAGGGCGUGUACGUGUGCGAUGCCCACGAUGCUCAGAGCUCGGCCUCCCUGAAGGUGCAAGGCCGGAAUGUCCAGAUUGUGAGGCCUCUGGAGGAUGUGGAAGUGGUGGAGAAAGAGGGCGCCACCUUCUCCUGCGAGGUCUCCCACGAUGAGGUGCCUGCGCAGUGGUUCUGGGAGGACAGUAAGCUCCGGCCCAGUGACAACGUGAGGAUCCGCCAGGAAGGAAGGACAUACAUUCUCAUCUAUCGGAGGGUCCUGGUGGAAGAUGCAGGGGAAAUCAAGUUUGUAGCAGAAAAUGCAGAAUCGCGAGCCCAGCUCCGCGUCAAAGAGCUGCCCGUGUCCAUCCUUCGCCCACUGCGGGAUAAGAUUGCGAUGGAGAAGCACCGCGGCGUGCUCGAGUGCCAGAUGUCCAGGGCCAGUGCCCAGGUGCGGUGGUUCAAGGGCAGCGUGGAGCUGCAUCCCGGGGCCAAGUACGAGAUGGUCAGCGACGGCCUCUACCGCAAGCUGGUCAUCAACGCUGUCCAGCCCGAGGACGAGGACACCUACACGUGCGAUGCCGGCGACGUGAAGACCAGUGCACACUUCUUCGUAGAAGAGCAGUCCAUUGUGAUCGUGCGGGGCCUGCAGGAUGUGACGGUGAUGGAGCCGGCGCCCGCCUGGUUCGAGUGUGAGACCUCCAUCCCCUCGGUGCGGCCCCCCAAGUGGCUGCUGGGAAAGACGGUGCUGCAGGCGGGGGCUGACGUGGGGAUAGAGCAGGAGGGCACGGUGCACCGGCUGACCCUGCGGCGCACCUACUCCACCAUGACGGGGCCGGUGCACUUCACCAUCGGCAAGUCACGCUCCACCGCCUCCCUGGUGGUCUCUGACGUUCCCGUGGUGCUCACACGGCCCCUGGAGCCCAAGGUGGGGCGGGAGAUGCAGUCUGUCAUCUUGUCCUGUGACUUCAAGCCUCCCCCCAAGGCUGUGCAGUGGUACAAGGAGGACACGCCCCUGGCACCAUCCAGCAAGUUCAAGAUGAGGCUGGAGGGCCACAUGGCAGAGCUGCGUGUCCUGCGGCUCACCCCUGAGGACGCCGGUGUCUACCGGUGCCAGGCUGGCAGUGCCCAGAGCAGCGCGGAGGUCACCGUGGAAGAACGGAAGGUGACGGUGACGCAGCCACUGGAGGACGUGGAGGUCGUGGAGGAGGGCCGUGCCUGCUUCUCCUGCGAGCUGUCCCAUGAGGAUGAAGAGGUGGACUGGUUGCUCAAUGGGACGCCGCUGUAUAACGACAGCUUCCACGAGAUCACCCACGAGGGCCGCCGCCACACGCUGGUGCUGAAGCGGGUCCGGCAGGCUGACAGGGGCACCGUGAGCAUCUCCUCCCCCAAGGUUGCGGCCUCCGCCCACCUGGCGGUCAGAGGGAAGCCGGUGGUGUUCCUGAAGGCCUUGGACGAUGUGUCUGCAGAGGAGCGGGGCACACUGACCUUGCAGUGCGAGGUGUCUGAUCAGCACGCCCACGUGGUGUGGCGGAAGGACGGCGUGGAGUUGGGCCCCAGUGACAAGUACGACUUCCUAAACACGGCGGGAACGCGAGGCCUCGUGGUGCACGGCCUGACUCGGGAUGAUGCCGGCCUGUACACCUGCGACGUGGGCACUGAUGAGACCCGUGCUCGUGUCAGCGUGCAUGAGCUGCACGUGGGCAUCACCAAGAGGCUGAAGACGGUGGAGGUGCUGGAGGGCGAGAGCUGCAGCUUCGAGUGCAUCCUGUCCCAUGAGGACACUGGCGGUGUGGCUGAGUGGACAGUGAGCGGGAGAACAGUGGGCAGCUCUGGCCGCUUCUGUGCCACGCGCCAGGGCCGCAAGUACACUCUAGCUGUCCGAGAUGCCGUGCCAAGUGAUGCUGGGGAGGUGGUCUUCUCUGUGCGGGGCCUCACCUCCAAGGCCUCACUCAUCGUCAAAGAGAGGUCAGUUGACAUUAUGAAGCCACUGGAAGACCAGCAGGCCACACUGGGUGAGGAUGUGGUGCUGAGGUGUGAGCUGUCGCGGGAGGGGACCCCAGUGCACUGGCUGAAGGAUGGGAAGGCCAUCCGCAAGAGUCAGAAGUACGACCUGCUCACCGAAGGCACUCGGGCCUCACUGGUCAUCCAUGCAGUCUCACUCAAAGACUCGGGCAAAUACACAUGUGAGACGGAGUCUUCCAAAAGCACAGCCAGUCUCCGAGUGGAAGAAAAGGCAAACCGGUUCACAGAGCCGUUGGCUGACCUGCAUGUGGAGGAGAAGGGCACAGCCACGUUCACCUGCAAGACGGAGCGCCCCGCGGGCUCGGUGACCUGGCGCAAGGGCCUCACGGAGCUGCGGGCCUCGGGGAAGCACGCGCCCAGCCAGGAGGGCCUGACCUUGCGGCUCACCAUCAGCGCCCUGGAGAAGGCAGACAGUGACACCUACACCUGCGACAUUGGCCAGGCCCAGUCCCAGGCUCGGCUGCUGGUGAAAGGCCAGAAAGUGCUCAUCACAGAGGACCUGGAGGACGUGGAGGUGCAGGAGGGCUCCUCGGCCACCUUCUGCUGCCGCAUCUCCCCUGCCGACUACAGGCCUGUCCACUGGUUCUUGGACAAGACACCCCUGUCUGCCAAUGAACUCAAUGAGAUCGAGGCCCAGCCCGGGGGCUACCACGUGCUCACCCUGAGGCAGCUGGCACUCAAGGACUCGGGCACCGUCCAUUUUGAGGCAGGCGACCAGCGAACCUCAGCUGCCUUGCAGGUCACAGAAAAGCCAAGUGCUUUCUCCCAGGGGCUCAUGGAUGCCACAGUCACAGAGGGGGAGGAUCUGACCCUGGUCUGCGAGACUUCUGCCUCAGACAGCCCUGUGUGCUGGACCAAGGAUGGGAAGCCCCUGCGGCCAUCGGCCCGGUGCCAGCUGACCUAUGAGGGCCGCCGGGCCCAGCUGGUCAUCACUGAGACCACCCUGCAGGACAGCGGGCGCUACAAGUGUGAGACUGCGGGCGCCUGGAGCAGUUCCAUUGUCAGGGUCCAUGCUCGGCCAGCGCAGUUCCGAGAGGGCCUGACGGACGUGGAGGUGCUGGAGGGGGGUGCCGCCACCCUGCGCUGCGUGCUCUCGUCCGUGGUCAGGCCUGUGGAGUGGCGGCGUGGGGACGAGCUUCUGCAGCCUGGAGGCAAGUACAGCUUGCGACAGGACGGGACGGUGCUGGAGCUGGUGGUCCGAGACCUGCGGCCUCAGGACAGUGGGCAGUACUUCUGCAGUUUUGGGGACCAGAUGACGUCGGCCAGGCUCACCGUAAAGGCUCUGCCUGCUGAGUUCAUAGGAAGACUGAGAAACAAGGAGGCCACAGAAGGGUCCACAGUCACACUGCGCUGUGAGCUGAGCAAGGCGGCCCCCGUGGAGUGGAGGAAGGGGCCUGAGACGCUCAGAGCCGGGGACAGAGUGAGCCUGAAGCAGGAGGGAGCUGUGUGUGAGCUGGAGAUCCGUGGCCUGACCAUGGAGGAUACAGGGGAGUACUCCUGCGUGUGUGGGCAGGAGAGGACCUCAGCCACACUCACCAUCAAGGUCCUGCCUGCCAAGUUCAUAAAGGGUCUGAGGAAGGAAGAGGCCACAGAAGGGACCACAGCCAAGCUGCACUGUGAGCUGAGCAAGGCGGCCCCUGUAGAGUGGAAGAAGGGGUCUGAGAUCCUCAGAGCUGGGGACAGAGUGAGCCUGAGGCAAGAUGGAGCCGUGUGUGAGCUGGAGAUCUGUGACCUGACCAUGAAGGAUGCUGGGGAGUACUCGUGUGUGUGCGGGAAGGAGAAAACCUCAGCCAUGCUCACCGUCAGGGCCCUGCCUGCCAAGUUCACAAAGGGCCUGAGAAAGGAGGAGGCCAUGGAAGGGACCACAGCCAAGCUGCACUGUGAGCUGAGCAAGGUGGCCCCCGUGGAGUGGAGGAAGGGGCCCGAGACCCUCAGAGCCGGAGACAGAGUGAGCCUGAGGCAGGAGGGAGCCGUGUGUGAGCUGGAGAUCCGUGACCUGACCGUGGAGGAUGCUGGGGAGUACUCGUGCGUGUGUGGGCAGGAGAAGACCUCAGCCACGCUCACCGUCAGGGCCCUGCCUGCCAAGUUCAUAAAAGCUAUGAAGAAGGAAGAGGCCAUGGAAGGGGCCACAGCUAAGCUGUGCUGUGAGCUGAGCAAGGCGGCCCCCGUGGAGUGGAGGAAGGGGCCUGAGACCCUCAGAGCCGGGGACAGAGUGAGCCUGAGGCAGGAGGGGGCCAUGUGUGAGCUGGAGAUCCGUGAGCUGACCGUGGAGGAUGCUGGGGAGUACUCAUGUGUGUGCGGGCAGGAGAAAACCUCAGCCACACUCACCGUCAGGGCCCUGCCUGCCAAGUUCACAAAGGGUCUGAGGAAGGAGGAGGCCGUGGAAGGGGCCACAGCCAAGCUGCGAUGUGAGCUGAGCAAGUUGGCCCCCGUGGAGUGGAGGAAGGGGCCCAAGACCCUCAGAGCCGGAGACAGAGUGAGCCUGAGGCAGGAGGGAGCCGUGUGUGAGCUGGAGAUCCGUGACCUGACCGUGGAGGAUGCUGGGGAGUACUCGUGCGUGUGUGGGCAGGAGAAGACCUCAGCCACGCUCACCGUCAGGGCCCUGCCUGCCAAGUUCAUAAAAGCUAUGAAGAAGGAAGAGGCCAUGGAAGGGGCCACAGCUAAGCUGUGCUGUGAGCUGAGCAAGGCGGCCCCCGUGGAGUGGAGGAAGGGGCCUGAGACCCUCAGAGCCGGGGACAGAGUGAGCCUGAGGCAGGAGGGGGCCAUGUGUGAGCUGGAGAUCCGUGAGCUGACCGUGGAGGAUGCUGGGGAGUACUCAUGUGUGUGCGGGCAGGAGAAAACCUCAGCCACACUCACCGUCAGGGCCCUGCCUGCCAAGUUCACGAAGAGUCUGAGGAAGGAGGAGGCCAUGGAAGGGGCCACAGCCAAGCUGCGCUGUGAGCUGAGCAAGGCGGCCCCUGUGGAGUGGAGGAAGGGGCCCGAGACCCUCAGAGCUGGAAAGAGACUGCGGGUGAAGCAGGAGGGAGCCGUCUGUGAGCUGGAGAUCCGUGACCUGACCGUGGAGGACGCUGGGGAGUACUCAUGUGUGUGCGGGCAGGAGAAGACCUCAGCCACGCUCACCAUCAGGGCUUUACCAGCUGAGUUCAUAGGGAGGCUGAGAAGCAAGGAGGCCACAGAAGGGGCCACAGUCACCCUGCACUGUGAGCUGAGCAAGGCGGCCCCUGUGGAGUGGAGGAAGGGGUCUGAGACCCUCCGAGCCGGGGACAGAGUGAGCCUGAGGCAGGACGGAGCCGAGUGUGAGCUGGAGAUCCGUGAGCUGGUUUUGACGGAUGCUGGGGAGUACUCGUGUGUGUGCGGGCAGGAGAGGACCUCGGCCGCGCUGACAGUCAUGGCCCCACAGGUGGUGUUCCGGAAGCCGCUGCGGAGCCUGCAGGCUGAGGAGGGUGCCUCUGCCAGCCUGCAGUGUGAGCUCGCCGAGCCUGGGGCCACCGUCGUCUGGAGCAAGGGUGGCCUGGAGGUGCAGGCUGACGAGCGCCGGGAGCCUCGGCGGCGGGGCUGCGUGGCGGAGCUUGUGCUGAGGGGCUUGCGCCGGGAGGACACGGGCGAGUACACCUGCAGCUGCGGCUCCCAGGCCACGAGCGCCACCCUGUCCGUCACAGCUGCGCCCGUGAGGUUCCUGCGAGAGCUGCAGGCCCAGGAGGUGGACGAGGGCGCGACGGCACGCCUGCGCUGCGAGCUCAGCCGGGCGUGCAGCAGCGUGGAGUGGCGCAAGGGCUCCCUGCAGCUCUUCCCGUGUGCCAAGUACCAGAUGGUGCUGGAGGGCACAGCCGCGGAGCUGCUGCUGCACGGCGCCGAGCCGGAGGACGCUGGCCUCUACACCUGUGACACGGGCCACGCGCAGAGCUCCGCCUGCGUCUCUGUGCGGGCCCCCAGGCCCGUGUUUAAGACGGAGCUGCAGAGUGCCGAGCAGGAGGCGGGCGGCGUGGCCCGGCUGUGCUGCCAGCUGAGUGAUGCGGAGGCUGGGGUCCCCGUGCUGUGGCUCAAGGAGGGUGCGGAGCUGCACGCGAGCCCCAAGUAUGAGAUGCGGCGCCAGGGGGCCACGUGUGAGCUGCUGAUCCACGGGCUUGAGGCCGAGGACGUGGGCGAGUACAGCUGCGUGGCAGGCAGCCAGAAAACCGUGGCCUUCCUCAAAGUCAAAGAGCCCGAGGUGACCAUCGUGCGGGGCCUGGCUGACACUGAGGUGCAGGCUGAUGGAGAAGCAGAGUUCAGCUGCGAGGUGUCACAGGCUGGCGUGGACGUGGAGUGGCGCCUCCAGGGCCUGCCGCUGCAGAGCAACGAGGUGACCGAGGUCACGGUCCAGGGUGGCCGCACCCACACACUGCGGCUGAAGAGCGUGACCCCGGAGGAUGCCGGCACUGUCUCCUUCCACGUGGGCGGCCACACGUCCUCUGCCCAACUCACCGUCCGAGUUCCUGAGGUGACCAUCCUGGAGCCCCUGCAGGACGUUCAGCUCAGCGAGGGCCAGGACGCCCACUUCCGGUGCCGACUGUCGAGGGCUUUGGGCCAGGAGGCCCACUGGGCCCUGGGAGGGGUGCCCCUGCAGGCCAACGAGAUGAACGACAUCACGGUGGAGCACGGCACACUCCACUUGCUCACCCUGCACAAGGUGACCCUUGAGGAUGCUGGAACCAUCAGUCUCCAAGUGGGCCCAUGUCGCUCAGAGGCCCAGCUGAAGGUCACAGCCAAGAACACGGUGGUGAGGGGCCUGGAGAACGUGGAGGCGCUCGAGGGCGGCGAGGCGCUGUUCGAGUGCGUCCUGUCCCAGCCGGAGGUGGCCGCCCACACCUGGCUUCUGGAUGAUGAGCCCGUGCGCACCUCGGAGAACGCCGAGGUGGUCUACUUCGAGAACGGCCUGCGGCACCUGCUGCUGCUCAAAAACCUGCGGCCGCAGGACAGCUGCCGCGUGACCUUCCUGGUGGGGGACAUGGUGACGUCUGCCUUCCUCACUGUCAGAGGCUGGCGCCUGGAGGUCUUGGAGGCGCCCCAGGAUGUGACCGUGCGAGCCGGGGGGCAGGCCAGCUUCAGCUGCACCCUUAGCGAGAGAGCGACGGCGGAGGGGUGUGUGGUGGCCGGCCUGGCCCCCGGGGAGACCUACCGCUUCCGCGUGGCUGCAGUGGGCCCAGCGGGCGCUGGGGAGCCCGUGUACCUGCCCCAGACGGUGAAGCUUGCAGAGCCCCUGGAACCCAGGCCUGCAGUCUCCGCCCCCGAGAGCCGGCAGGUGGCAGCCGGGGAGGACUUGUAUCUGGAGUGCGAGGUUGCCGAGGCGGGUGAGGUCGUCUGGCUGAAGGGAACAGAGCGCAUCCAGCCGAGCGGGCGCAUCCAGGUCCUCUGCCAGGGUCAGCGGCAGAUGCUGUUGAUCCGGGGCUUCUCCGCGGAGGACCAGGGCGAGUACCGCUGCGCCCCUGCACGGGAGUCAGCCUCUGGGUCAGCUGCUGCUUUCCAGGUGGUGCUGACCCCAGAAUCUGGGGAGGAGGCCCCCGCUCAGCCCAGCCUGCCCCCCGAGGCUGCCCAGGAGGGCGACCUGCACCUGCUGUGGGAGGCGCUGGCCCGGAAGCGCCGCAUGAGCCGCGAGCCCACGCUGGACUCCAUCAGCGAGCUGCCCGAGGAGGACGGCCGCCCGCCGGGUCCGCGGCUGGAGGCCGAGGAGGCCGCGCCUGACCUCUCAGAGGAGUACUCCACGGCCGACGAGCUGGCGCGCACCGGCGAGGCUGACCUCUCGCACACCAGCUCUGACGACGAAUCCCGAGCAGGCACGCCCUCGCUGGUUACCUACCUCAAGAAGGCCGGGAGGCCCAGCGCCUCGCCACUGGCCAGCAAGGUUGGGGCCCCAGCAGCCCCCUCCGGGAAGCCACAGGAAAAGCAGCAGGAGAAGUCACCUGCAGUACCCCCACCGCCAGGAGGCCUGAGCGCUGGGGACCUGGGCGACCCGACCUUGGACCAGGCUGCAGUGAAGAUCCAAGCGGCCUUCAAGGGUUAUAAGGUCCGGAAGGAGAUGCAGCAGCAGGAGGGGCCCGUGCUCCGCUGCACGUUUGGGGACACCGUGGCCCAGGUGGGAGACGUCCUGCAUCUGGAGUGUGUCGUGUCCAGCAAGACCGAUGUGCACGCCCGCUGGCUGAAGGAUGGCGUGGAGCUGACGGACAGCCGGCACCACCACAUCGACCAGCUUGCGGACGGCACCUGUUCUCUGCUGGUCACCAGCCUGGGCAGGGCCGACGCUGGCCGUUACACCUGUCAGGUGAGCAACAAGUUUGGCCACGUGGCCCACAGCGCCAGCGUGGCGGUCAGUGGCACGGAGAGUGAGAACGAGAGCUCCUCUGGGGGCGAGCUGGAUGACACCUUCCGCCGGGCCGCCCGGCGGCUGCACCGCCUCUUCCGCACUAAGGACCCAGCGGAGGUCUCGGACGAGGAGAUCUUCUUCAGCGCCGACGAGGGCAAGGCAGAGCCUGAGGAGCCCGGGGACUGGCAGACAUACCGCGAAGACGAGCACUCCAUCUGCAUCUGCUUUGAGACGCUGGCGGAGGCCCGCCGGGCAGCCAGCCGCUUCCAGGAGAUGUUUGGCGUGCUGGGCAUCCGCGUGGACAUCAGCCUGUCUGAGCAGGGACCGCGCAGGGUGGAGAUGCGCAUCGGGAAGGUGGCACCCGCCCCUUCAGCCCCACUGGAGCCAGCGCUGACAGCAGAGGCUGCCCCAGUGUUCCUGACCGAGCUCCAGAAUCAGGAGGUGCUGGAUGGGUACCCUGUGAGCUUUGACUGUGUGGUGACAGGCCAGCCUGUGCCCACCGUGCGCUGGUUCAAGGAUGGGAGGAUGCUGGAGGAGGAUGACCACUACAUGAUCAGUGAGGACCAGCAGGGUGGCCACCAGCUCAUCAUCACGGCUGUGGUACCAGCAGACAUGGGCGUCUACCGCUGCCUGGCUGAGAACAGCGUGGGUGUGUCCUCUACGAAGGCAGAGCUCCGAGUGGACCUGACCAGCACCGACUAUGAGACUGCCGCGGAUGCCACGGAGACCUCGUCCUACUUCAGCGCCCAGGGCUACCUGUCCAGCCGGGAGCAGGAGGGCACAGAGUCCACCUCAGAGGAGGGGCAGCUGCCCCAGGUCGUGGAGGAGUUGAAAGACCUGCAGGUGGCCCCUGGCACACGGCUGGCCAAGUUCCAGCUCAAGGUGAAAGGCUACCCCACACCCCGACUCUACUGGUUCAAAGACGGGCAGCCCCUGACCGCCUCCGCGCACAUACGUAUGUCGGACAGGAAGAUGCUGCACACCCUGGAGGUUGUCUCGGUCACCGGCGAGGAUGCCGGCCAGUACUCGGCAUACAUCAGCAACGCCGUGGGUGCUGCUUACUCGUCUGCUCGGCUCCUGGUCCGAGGCCCCAAUGAACCAGAAGAAAAGCCAGCAUUAGAUGCACAGCAGCAGCUGGUGCCACCCCGGUUCCUGGAGAAAUUCACCUCCAAGAAGGUGAAAAAGGGUUCCAGCAUCACUUUCUCCGUGAAGGUGGAAGGAAGCCCGCCGCCGGCUGUGCACUGGUUGCGGGAGGAAGCGGAGCAGGGUGUGCUGUGGAUCGGCCGCCACACACCAGGCUACACGGUGGCCAGCUCCGCCCAGCAGCACAGCCUGGUCCUGCUGGACGUGGGCCGACAGCACCAGGGCACCUACACCUGCAUCGCCUCCAACGCGGCCGGCCAGGCCCUCUGCUCUGCAGGCUUGCACGUCUCUGGCCUGCCUAAGGAGGCGGGGGCCGCGGAGGAGCAGCCCGAGGUGAAGGAGGCCCUCAUCUCCACCUUCCUGCAGGGGACCCAAGCUGUUGCUGCACAGAUGUCAGAACCUGCAGCUUUCACGGACCUUUCUGGGCAGAAGAAAGAGCUCCUGGGAGCAGAGGCCCGUGGCCAUCUGUCCUUGGCCGAGGUGGGCACGGAGGAGUUCCUGAAGAAGCUCACCUCGCAGAUCACAGAGAUGGUGUCGGCCAAGAUCACACAAGCGAGGCUGCAGGUGCCUGGAGUUGACAGUGACGAGGAGUCAAAGACGCCGUCCGCGUCCCCCCGGCAUGGCCGUUCACGCCCCUCUUCCAGCGUCCAGGAGUCGUCUUCGGAGUCCGAGGACGGGGACUCCCGGGGAGAGAUCUUUGACAUCUACGUGGUCACGGCUGACUACCUGCCGCUGGGGGCUGAGCAGGAUGCCAUCCUGCUGCGGGAGGGCCAGUACGUGGAGGUCCUGGACUCUGCCCACCCCCUGCGCUGGCUCGUGCGCACCAAACCCACCAAAAACAGCCCCUCUCGGCAGGGCUGGGUGUCCCCUGCCUACCUGGACAAGCGGCUCAAGCUGUCUCCCGAGUGGGGGCCGGCGGAGGCCCCUGAGUUCCCUGGGGAGGCUUUGUCCGAGGACGAGUACAAGAGAAGGUUGAGUGCCAUCAUCCGGGACCUGCUGAGCUCAGAGCAGUCCUUCGUGGGCGAGCUGCAGUUCCUGCAGAGCCACCACAUGCAGUACCUGGACCGCUGCCCCCACGUGCCCGCAGCCGUGGCCAGCCAGAAGGCGGUCAUCUUCCGAAACGUGCAGGACAUCGGCCACUUCCACAGCAGCUUCUUACAGGAGUUGCGUAGCUGUGACACAGAUGACGAUGUGGCCAUGUGCUUCAUCAAGAACCAGGCAGCCUUCGAGAAGUAUCUGGAGUUCCUGGUGGGCCGAGUGCAGGCUGAGUCGGUGAUGGUCAGCACAGCCGUGCAGGAGUUCUACAAGAAAUACACAGAGGAGGUGCUGUCAGCCGCGGACCCCUCGCAGCCACCGCCCCCACCGCUGCAGCACUUCCUGGAGCAGCCGGUAGAGCGGGUCCAGCAGUACCAGGCCCUGCUCAAGGAGCUGAUCCGCAACAAGGCACGGAACGGCCAGAAUUGUGCGCUGCUCGAGCAAGCCUACGCGGUGGUGUCGGCCCUGCCGCAGCGAGCGGAGAACCAGCUGCACGUGUCGCUCAUGGAGAACUACCCUGGCACCCUGGAGGCCCUGGGCGAGCCCAUCCGCCAGGGCCACUUCAUCGUGUGGGAAGGGGCACCGGGCGCGCGGAUGCCCUGGAAGGGCCACCAUCGGCACGUCUUCCUGUUCCGCCACCACCUGGUGGUCUGCAAGCCCCGGCGGGACUCGCGCACCGACACCUUCAGCUAUGUCUUCCGGAACAUGAUGAAGCUGAGCAGCAUCGACCUGAACGACCAGGUGGAGGGCGAUGACCGAGCCUUUGAGAUCUGGCACGAGCGGGAGGACUCCGUGCGCAAGUACCUGCUACAGGCACGGACUGUCAUCACCAAGAACUCCUGGGUGAAGGAGAUCUGUGGCAUCCAGCAGCGCCUGGCCUUGCCCAUCUGGCGCCCCCCCGAUUUUGAAGAAGAACUGGCCGACUGCACAGCUGAGCUGGGCGAGACAGUCAAGCUGGCCUGCCGUGUGACGGGCACACCCAAGCCCAUUGUCAGCUGGUACAAAGAUGGGAAGCCAGUGGAGGUGGACCCUCACCACAUACUCAUUGAAGACCCCGAUGGCUCCUGUGCACUCAUCCUGGACAACUUGACUGGUGCUGACUCUGGCCAGUACAUGUGCUUUGCAGCCAGUGCUGCUGGCAAUGCCAGCACGCUGGGCAAAAUAUUGGUGCAAGUCCCGCCUCGGUUUGUGAACAAGGUCCGGGCAGUGCCCUUUGUGGAUGGAGAAGAUGCCCAGAUCACCUGCACCAUCGAAGGUGCCCCAUAUCCUCAGAUCAGGUGGUACAAGGAUGGCGCCCUGCUGACCCCUGGGGGCAAAUACCAGACCCUGAGUGAGCCCCGCAGAUGCUGUUGCUGCUGGCAGCCUGCAGGGGGCACUGUGGUGCCUGCUCCCAAAGGCAAUUCUCAGAGACGGAGGCAGACCCCAGCCAGCUCUGGACCUGUGCUGGCCACAUACUGCGGUGGGCCCUCCACGCCACCGCUAGCCUGUACGGCCUCAAAGAGACUGCCCGGGCCCCCUGGGGAGCCACGGGCUGGAGGUGAGCCCCUGCUCUGUGCCCUGCAGUUGGUGAACCGGCUGGGCUCCAAACGGAGCCGUGCGGAGCUGCUCAUGCAGAGCCCCGUGCUGCAGGCCCGGGAACAGCACCGCGUGGAGAGGCUCGCGGCCAUGGAAGUCAUUGAACAGGAGACUAAGGUCCCCAAGAAAACCGUCAUCAUAGAGGAGACCAUUACCACUGUGGUGAAGAGCCCCCGUGGCCGACGCCAGUCCCCCAGCAAGUCUCCCUCCCGCUACGGUCACCCCACCAGCCUGCCCAGGCCAGGCCUGCUGGCUGCUGAGGUGCCUCCUUCGCCAGAGGCCAGCCGACCCUCCAGGCCCGAGGCAGAGCCAGGCUGGCGGCCCGCUGUGCCCACUCUGUUCGUGACGGAGCCUGAGACCCACACAGCAGGCCUGCCGGGGGGCACCAGGCCCCAGCCCAAAUGGGUGGAGGUUGAGGAGACCAUUGAAGUCCGGGUGAAGAAGGCCGGCUCAAAGGGUGCGUCUCUGGCCAGAGAGACGCCUGGCAGCUCUGAGGAGCUUUGCUUCACGCUGCCUGGAAGGGUGUCUGGAGGAGACCCAAAUACAAACAACUCCAACAACAAGCUGCUGACCCAGGAGCCCCCGGCCACAGUCACUGCUGGAGAGCCCCUAAUCUUCUGCGUGGAAACGGGGCCAGAGGGCCCUGAGCCGUCCCCUCCCUGGGGUGAUGAAGAGGAAACCCCCCUGGAGGAGAGAGAUGCCUCCCAGGGGGAGGAGCCGCUGGGUGCUGAUGGUCUGCAGGGCCGUGACCCCAAGAUCCUCAUGCACCAUGGCCGUGCCCUCACCCUGGCCGACCUGGAGGAUUACGUGCCCCAGGAAGGGGAGACCUUCGGCUGCAGUGGCCCCAGGCCGAGUGCUGCUGAUGACCCGCCCUGCGAAAUCUCGGUGCUGCAGAGAGAGAUCGGCGAGCCCACCGUGGGGCAGCCCGUCCUGCUGAAUGUGCGGCGCCCCCCAGACUCCCGGGCCUCCCCUGGCUGCUUCGGCCGCGUGCCCAGGCCCCGGGAGGCGUUUCCAUCGGGGCCGCAGGGCCGGGGCCCCACGGGCGUCUCCUUCUGCUUUCGGGAGGCCCGGGCUGGAGGCGCCGCGACCCAGAAGCCUUCCUUCUGCACUCAGGUUCAGCGCUCUGCAGACAGUGGCCAGAGCAGUUUCAAAACCGAGGUUUCAACCCAGACGGUCAGCUUUGGGACUGUGGGGGAGACUGUCACCCUACACAUUCGCCCAGACCGGGACAUGGACCCCAGCCCCUCCCAGGACGCUGCCGUCCCAGCCCCCACUGCCUCUCCUACAGACGCUGCCGUCCCAGCCCCCACUGCCCCAGGGCAGGAGAGCACGCCCAUCCAGAGGACACAGACGUGCCCUGAGGCUCCAGGACCUUCCACAGGGGAUCACAGCAGCCCCAGCCCCAGCCCUGGAGGGCCGCCUGCACUCNAGACCAGACCCGGGUGCGAGCCUCCGAAGGCGCCUCAGGCUCACUCCCAAGAGGGCCUGGAGCAGACGGCUCAGGCACACGCUGAGGUCCCGGAACGUACGGUGCCCAUCCGGAUGGAGGGCCCUGCCUGGCCAGGAGCAGGUGAGCUCUGGGACGUCCACAGCCACGUGUUCACGGAGACCACACACAGGACGUAUGUGUAUCAGACCAGCGACACGCCUGCUGCAAGCCCACCGUCCAUGCAGGUCACCAUUGAGGACGUUCAGGCCCAGAGCGGCAGUACGGCGCAGUUCCAGGCUGUCAUUGAGGGCAACCCGCAGCCCACAGUGACCUGGUACAAGGACGGCACCCAGCUGGGAGCUGACCCCCGGCUCAGCCAGCAGCAGGAAGGGACCACCUACUCCCUGGUACUCAGGGACGUGGCCCAGCAUGACGCGGGUGUCUACACGUGCCUGGCCCACAACCCUGGCGGCCAGGUGCUGUGCAAGGCGGAGCUGCUGAUCCACGGGGCCUCCCCUUCCCUGGCCACGCGGGACAGUGAGCGCAGCUCUAGGAGGAAACUGCACUCCUUUUAUGAGGUCAUGGAGGAAAUUGGAAGGUACCGUCCCUAUCCCAGCUCCAGGAGCCUCGUCUGCUGGAGCCCCACCCCUCUAAGACUCGCAGGCCCAGCCUCCCAGAGUUCCUAUACUCCCAGGUGCUCGUCGGAGGAGCUGCUGGACCGCCUGUUCAAGAAGAGUGUGGUGACCGAGGCCGAGGUCAAGGUCUACAUCCAGCAGUUGGUGGAGGGGCUGCACUUCCUGCACAGUCAAGGCAUCCUUCACCUGGACAUAAAGCCCCCCAACAUCCUGAUGGUGCAUCCUGCCCGGGAAGACAUUAAAAUCUGUGAUUUUGGCUUUGCCCAAAAAAUCACCCCGGGAGAGCCACAGUACAGCAAGUACGGCUCCCCUGAGUUUGUGGCCCCCGAGAUCAUCGAGCAGACCCCCGUGAACGAGGCUUCCGACAUCUGGGCCAUGGGGGUCAUCACCUACCUCAGCCUGACCUGCUCAUCCCCAUUUGCUGGAGAGAGUGACCGAGCAACCCUUUUGAAUGUCCUGGAAGGGCGGGUGUCCUGGAGCAGCCCCAUGGCCACCCACCUCAGUGAGGAUGCCCAGGACUUUAUCAAGGCUGCUCUGCAGAAGGCCGUGGGGGCUCGGCCCAGUGCUGCCAAGUGCCUCGCCCACCCCUGGUUCCAGAAGUCUGUGCCUGCGGAGGAGGCCCACUUCAUCAACACCAAGCAGCUGAAGUUCCUCCUGGCCCGCAGUCGCUGGCAGCGCUCUCUGAUGAGCUACAAGUCCAUCCUGGUGAUGCGUUCUAUCCCGGAGCUGCUCCAGGGCCCGCCUGACAGCCCGUCCCUCGGGAUUGCUCGGCACCUGCGUGGCGACGCCAGCGCCUCCUCCAGCAGCUCCUCCUCCUCCGACAACGAGUUGGCCCCGUUCGCCAGAGCCAAGUCGCUGCCAUCCUCCCCGGUGACCCACUCCCCGCUGCUGCACCCCCGGGGCUUCCUGAGGCCUUCGGCCAGCCUGCCUGAGGAGGCCGAGGCCUGUCCACCUGCCUCCGCCUCGGCUCUGCCCGCAUCGCUGCAGGGCGAGGAGCCAGCAGCUGCCCUGGGCUGUGUGCCCCGGCAGAGUGUCAUCCGAAGCCUGUUCUACCAGCAGGUGGGCGAGGGCCCAGAGCUAGGGGGCCCGUCCACAGGGGGCCGGCGGCACCCCGCCCGGCGGAGGCACCUUCUCAAGGGUGGCUACUUCUCGGGCGUCCUGCCGGGACUUCGAGAGCCACUGCUGGAGCAUCGUGCACUGGAGGAGGCGGCUGCCAUGGAGGAGCAGGCUGCCCUGCAGGCCACAGCAGCCUCCUUGGAGACGGCCGUGCAGAUGCCCAGAGCAAGCACCCAGGAGGCCUCUGGCUCUAGCCGCUCCCUGGACCUGGACCCACCGAACACUGCCAGUUCCUCCACCAAGGCCUGCAGCAAGGGGCAGUGUCCCGCUCCGGCUCCCCUGAGCCCUCAGGAUGCCCGAGAAGAGGGCGUGCCUGGAGGGGGUGCACGUGCCAGGGAGAAGGAGCAUCCAGAGGGGACCCUGCAGGGGCUGAGACUACCAUCCGCCAGUGGUGAUGCAUGUUCCACUCAGCCAGAGGGGUCGUCCCAGGACUGCUGUGGAGGGCAGGCUGCCCCUUUCUCUCAGCCCCAGUGGGUCCCGGCCCCCCAGGACAGUGGCCCCCCUGUGGCCUUGGCACCACAGCCUCCUGGUUCCUUCCCUUCAGGGCCCUGCACAGAGGUCCUCUUGUCAUCCCCCAGCCCUUCCUUCCCAGGAAAGCCUCAGGCCUCUCUGCCCCCUGCCCAAGCAAGCCCCCAGGCAGACUCUCAGAGCGGGCUGAAGGCUGUCCCUCUCACCAAGAGGCCUGGACCACCCAGGCCCCCAGAGCCAGCCUCCCAGAUGGGCACGGAGCCUAGCCACUCCCUGGAUGCUGAAGGCCUGGUCCAGGAGACGGAGGACCUGUCCCAGUCUUCACCCAGCCUACAGCGGCCUCCGGAGCAGGCGACCACGCGGAAGUUCUCCCUGGGGUGCCGUGGGGGCUACGCAGGGGUGGCGGGCUACGGCACCUUUGCCUUUGGGGGGGACGCCGGUGGCAUGCUGGGGCAGGGCCCCAUGUGGGCCAAGAUGACCUGGGCCGUCUCUCAGUCCUCAGAGGAGCAGGACGAGGCAGGGACUGAGAGCCCACCGCCCCAGGCCAGCACAGCGCCUGUACCCGAGGGCGAUAGAGCCCUCCCGAGGGCUGCCCAGGAGUUGAGCUCGUGGGAAGACUUCGGCGAGGGCUCUCAGGUGUCGCUCGUACAGAUCCGGGACCUGUCCGGGGACUCAGAAGCAGCAGACACCGUGUCCCUGGACAUCUCAGAGGUGGAUCCUGCCUACCUCAACCUGUCCGAUCUGUAUGACAUCAAAUAUCUCCCAUUUGAGUUCAUGAUCUUUAGGAAGAUCCCCAAGCCGGUGGAGCCGGAGCGUCCAUCCUCCCCUGAGUCUGAGGCUGGGGAGGAGCUGGCUGAGCUCCCCGAGGCUGCGUGGCCCUGGCCAGCCAGCCUGGAGAUCACGGAGGAGCCAGAGGACGUGGAGGCCCUGCUCGGGAAAGCUGCUGGCGGCAGGAAGCGCAAGUGGUCACCCCCUUCCGGCAGUCUCUUCCACUUCCCCGGAAGGCACUCGCUGCUGGAGGAGCCCACAGAGCUGGGGCUACGCCAGAGGGUGAAGGCCUCGGUAGCCCACAUCUCCCGCCUCCUGAGGGGCAGGCCUGAAGGUCUGGAGAAGGAGGGCCCUCCCCGGAAGAAGGCAGGUCUCGCUUCCUUCCGCCUGUCAGGCCUGAAGAGCAAGGACCGAGCACCGUCGUUCCUAAGGGAGCUCUCAGAUGAGACGGUGGUCCUGGGCCAGUCUGUGACUCUGGCCUGCCAGGUGUUGGCCCAGCCAGCUGCACAGGCCACCUGGAGCAAAGACGGGGCUCUUCUUGAGAGCAACAGCCGCCUCCUCAUCUCCUCUACGCUCAAGAACUUCCAGCUUCUGACCAUCCUGGUGGUGACUGCUGAGGACCUGGGCGUGUACACGUGCAGUGUGAGCAAUGCGCUGGGGACAGCGGCCACCACGGCCAUCCUCCGCAAGGCAGAGCGCCCCUCUUCCUCGCCACGGCCGGAUAUCGGGGAGGUGCAUGCAGACGGGGUGCUGCUGGUCUGGAAGCCUGUGGAGUCCUACGGCCCUGUGACCUACAUUGUGCAGUGCAGCCUGGAAGGCGGCAGCUGGAACACGCUGGCCUCGGACGUCUUUGACUGCUGCUACCUCACCGGCAAGCUUUCCCGGGGUGGGGCGUACACCUUCCGGACGGCCUGCGUCAGCAAGGCGGGCAUGGGCCCCUACAGCAGCCCCUCGGAGCAGGUCCUCCUGGGAGGGCCCAGCCGCCUGGACUCUGAAGAGGAGAGCGGUGCUGCGGGGCCAGCCCGGCCCCUCCCCAGCAUGCAGACCUUCGCCUUCCAGACGCAGAUGAGAAGGGGCCGCUUCAGCGUGGUGCGGCAGUGCCGGGAGAAGGCCAGUGGGCGCGUGCUGGCUGCCAAGAUCGUGCCCUACCACCCCGCGGACAGGACUGCCGUGCUGCGGGAGUACGAGGCCCUCAAGGGCCUACGCCACCCACACCUGGCGCAGCUGCAGGCUGCCUACCUCAGCCCAAGGCACCUGGUCCUCAUCCUGGAGCUGUGCUCCGGGCCUGAGCUGCUCCCCUGUCUGGCUGAGAGGGCCUCCUACUCGGAAUCAGAGGUGAAGGACUAUCUGUGGCAGAUACUAAGUGCCACCCAGUACCUGCAUGCCCAGGGUAUCCUGCAUCUAGACCUCAGGUCGGAGAACAUGAUUGUCACAGAGUAUAACCUGCUCAAGGUCAUCGACUUCGGAAACGCCCAGAGCUUGGCCCAGGAGAGGGUCCUGCCCUCAGAGAGAUUCAAGGACUACAUGGAGACCAUGGCUCCGGAGCUCCUGGAGGGCCAGGGUGCUGUCCCGCAGACUGACAUCUGGGCCAUAGGCGUUACAGCCUUCAUCAUGUUGAGCGCUGAGUACCCGGUGAGCGGUGAGGGAACGCGAGACACGCAGAAGGGCCUGCGCAAGGGGCUCAUCCAGCUGAGCCGCUGCUAUGCCGGCCUGUCUGGGGGCGCUGUGGCCUUCCUCCGAAGCACACUGUGUGUGCACCCUUGGGUCCGGCCGUGUGCGUCCAGCUGCCUGCACAGCCCGUGGCUGACGGAGGAGGGCCCAGCCAGCUCCCAGCCCGCGGCCGUGGCCUUCCCAACCACGGGUCUGCGCGUGUUUGUGCGAGAGCGCGAGAAGAGGCGGGCACUGCUCUACAAGAAACACAGCCCGGCCCGCGUGCGCUGAAUCCCCGCCCUCGGCGCGCGCCUCCGUCUCUCAGGACGCCCUGCAUAUGCACACGCAGCAAUAAAAGCAGCACCGAUGAGCUGUC